UUGUCAACUUCGCCCCAAGAGUCCUUCUCUUCAUUACAUCUUCAUCUUCAUCAGCCUUCUUUUCGACAUCAACACAACCACAACUUCACGUCUUUACGACCAGAUUUUCGCAUCAAAAGAAUUUGUACAAUUGGAAAAAGAUUUUUACGCGGUCGGGAAAGAAGUCAAGGAAAAGGAAAACAAUUGAUUUGGAGGGAAAAGAAAAAGAAUAAUACAAAGAAGAGAGAAAGAAGAGUGGAUCAUCUUGGUGGUGCAAAUUGUGUUUGGUCUUGUGGAGGACAGCGGCAGUUUUCAAAGAAAGAAAGAAACAUCACAAUAGCAGUAUUAUCUGCAAUCUUGUACAAUCAUUUCCUUUUGAGAGAGCCUUUUCUGUGUCACCAGAGUUAUCUCCAGUGAUCGCAAUCAUACUUGAUUUCACUUCAUUUUCUUGAACGGAGAGAAGAAUCUUGAUAUUGCACCGGUCGCAUUCACGAAUUAUCCCUUCUACCCUUCCAUAUUCCAUCAUAUUAACUUAUUCCCAAGUGUUUACUUGAUCUUAAUGAGUGCAUUGGAAGAGUAGUUUGUUUCUCUGUACACGCCAACGCAUUCGAUUUAUUCAACUCGAGGAUCAACAACUUCCUUUACCACUCCACCUUUUGAUCAACUUAACCAACAGCAGUCAUGACGUCCUCCGUGUUCUUCAAGUUCAGGUCCCAAAAGGAACCUUCUAGAGUUGAAUUUGAUGGUACUGGUAUCUCCGUAUUUGAACUCAAGCGUGAUAUCAUUAUCAAGAGUGGAUUAGGUGACGGAACCGAUUUCGAUCUACAAAUUUACAAUGAAGCAGACAACGAAGAAUAUGAUGACGAUACUACCGUUAUCCCACGAUCAACUUCGAUCAUCGCUCGUCGAUUACCCUCUAUCAAGCCGGGUGCAGGUAGAGCUGCAAGAUACAUGUCGGGACAAAUGCCGAUAAAACAAAAGAACUCAUCACGAAAAGAACAAGGAAAGCAGGCAAACGCAAAGGCCGUUGCAUCGACACAAGGAUUGGCACAAAUGAAUAGUGCGAUGACUGAGGAGGAGAAGAUGGAAGCUAUGUUUCAGGCUCAAAGUGAUCAAUGGACAGCACAACAAGAAGAUAUGGCCAAUCAAACCCCUGUCUUCCGACCAGGUGGCAAGAAAGGUCAACAACCCCCACCAAACGUUCCAGAUCAUGAACCACCAACUGGUUAUAUCUGUUAUCGAUGUGGAGAGAAAGGUCAUUGGAUUCAGGUCUGUCCUACGAAUGAUGACCCAAAUUUCGAUAACAAGGCUCGGAUUAAGCGUACAACUGGUAUUCCAAGAUCUUUUUUGAAGACUGUAGAGAAACCAGUUCAGUUGACCAAUGAUGGUACGGUGGAUGAUACAAAGACCCCAUCUGGUGUGAUGGUUAAUGCUGAAGGAGAAUUUGUCGUUGCUGAGCCUGAUAAAGCUUCAUGGGAACAAUUUCAGGCUAAGACCAAGUCAUCUGCUGCUGCCCAGAAAGCUGCUGCUUUAGGAGAUAAAGUUUUAAGAGAUAGAGGAUUGGAAUGCGCGCUCGACAUGAGAAUAUUCAUAGAUCCAAUGAAGACGCCCUGUUGUGAGAAGACGUAUUGCAAUGACUGCAUUACUAAUGCUCUUAUCGAAAGCGAUUUCACAUGCCCAGGAUGUCAGACUGAUGGAGUAUUGAUUGAUGAUCUGAAGCCUGAUGAUGAGAUGACCGAAAAGAUCAAGACUUAUUUGGCAGAGAAAGAUGCAGCCGCUAAGAAAGAAAAAGAAGACCAAAGAGCUAAAAGUCCUAGCGUAAAGUCUGAAGCUACCAAAACGCCCCCCCAAUCUAAAGCAUCAAUAAUUGCAGGAAAAGCCAAAUCGCCCACACCAAAGCAAUCACCUAAAUCAAAGUCACCAGAAGUCUCAAAGGUCUUGAAAAAUAGUCCUAAGCAAGGAAAAUCAGUUACCCCAGUUGGUGUUCCUGGUGCUCCGUCAGGACCUCAGGGUAAAAAGCGACCUGCAGAUGAAUUACUCGAGAAUCCAAAAAUUCCUAAAGGACCAAAAGCUAUGCGCCAAAAAGAAUCUGCCAUGAAUCCACAACAAAAUAUGAUGAACGGAAUGAACGCAAUGAAUGGUCUGAACGGGUUCCCAAACAUGCCCAACAUGCAACAACAAUUCUACGGCAACGCAAAUGGUUUCAAUAACGGCAUGCCAAACAUGAACAUGAUGAACCAAUUUGGUAUGGGAGGUAUGAAUCCAAUGAUGGGCAUGAAUCCUAUGAUGGGUAUGAAUUUCCCGGGUAUGAACAAUAUGCCUAUGUUCAACAACGCAAACGCAUUUGGUAAUAUGAAUCCCAUGAUGAAUGGAAAUAUGCCACAGAUGAAUGGAAUGGGUAGAGGAAUGAAUGUACCAAAUGGUGCAGCAGCUGGAUUUCCUAACCAACAAAAGACAGUUUUUGCGGAACCUUUACCAAACGAAGAAGAUAAUGCAUAUUUCAGAAAACCCGUCAAUCCUCAUAGACAUGUGGGAAGACAGAGGAGGGCGAGACCGAGUGAUUACCGGGAACUUUAAGGGGUGUUGCGAUAUCAGAACUAGUUUCCCUCGUUAUCAUCGGUUUCAAAAGGGUAUCAAGAGGCUCUUGCUACAAAUGAAAAAUGAUGGCUGGAGAUUCGAUACAACAUCUUGACAGCAGCACAUUGGUUUUCCCACAAAACAAUUCCUGUUGGAUUUGGCUGCUAUUAUCUCUAGCUCCAGAUUGCCAAAACUCAACUCGACAUUUUCAACAACAAUCAACAUCGUCACAACGCUUCGCGUCGCAGUGCAGGAUUCUUUCUUUCUCAAAGCUUUUCUUUCCUUCAUUUUCUUCUCUUCUUCAACUUUUUACGCUCUUCUCUUUUAAAUUAUACGCACGAAAUGAAAUAAACUAGAAACAAAUGGACAUGGGGUGGGCGUGGUAUUGGGAGGCAUAUUGCGGCUCACAUGUAGUUCGCUUGCUACAGGCAGAAACAGGCAUUUUUGGUGUUAAGGAUUUUACUUUGGGUUAUGUAUGUACCAUUGGGAUUGGGAUUUGCGAUUUGCGAUUUGCAAUUAGGAUUGCAGUUUGGGCUGGCAUGGAUAUCGUUGCAUUUGCAUCUGCAUUUGAGGAUGGAGAAGGGAGGCAUUUUCAUGAUUAUGGUGAAUGAUGGGGGGGGGGCUGUUGUGAGGAAGGGAGAGUUAGGGGAUGCAGAGGAAAGGGGAGGGGGAUGAAGUACAUAAAAUGAAUUGGGGU